CACAACAAGAAAACGCAAACAGAAUGAGUCCCAGCUUUACUACUGAGGCCAGCCAGCCUCUCCCUGCAAGGUCCACCGUGGCCCAGAGAAAACAAGCCAACGAACUUAGAAAGACUCUUAAACCCCUGCUGGAGAAGAGAAGACGGGCUCGCAUCAAUGACAGUCUUAAUCAUUUGAAGAGCCUGAUAUUGCCCCUUGUUGGCAAAGACAACGCACGCUACUCCAAGCUGGAAAAAGCGGACAUUCUGGAAAUGACAGUCCGCUUCCUCAGAGAUCUUCCUUCCACCCCAGUCAAAGACUCCGCAGACAGUUACAGAGAAGGUUACAAAGCUUGCCUCCAGCGCGUUUCCGCGCUGCUUCCCAAAAGCCUGGACCAGGACGCGUGCCAACGGGUGCACGACUUCGUCCAGCAGUCCAUGUCCGCCACCGUCACUCCAACCUGCCUGAACUGCUGUGCCCAGAGCUCCAGGACUUUACCUCAGAUCCAAGAGAAAAUUAUGAGCCUCAAAUCCAGCUUCACCUCCAGGCUGGAGACUCAGCACCGCAGCAGCAGCGCAGUGGCUCCAAGCAGAGCGCAGGCAGACCCGCAGGCUGUCAGCGCUGCUAUGUGGAGACCUUGGUAG